AUGGAUCUCAUAAACCCCUAUAUGCGUCAUCACAGCUUUGCCACGAGCCAGAGCAGUUCACCGUCGGCCAUGGCUAUGGCGUCUAUGGCAAGUCGCAGUCCACCAACUGGCGCGGCCAGCUUGCAUCAUCACCUACCAAAUGCCGCCGGCUUGACGAACGGUUUCGCCGAAGCGGCCGCCGCUGCGGCAGCUGCGCAUCAUGACUAUCAGAAUUUGGCCGCUGCAGCAGCGAGUCGCGAUCAUUUACUCGACUAUCAUAAUGCGGCGGCUGCGGCCGCUUAUGCCGCCAACAAUAAUAAUCUUGCCAGCCCACUUAUGCUGCUGAAAGCGCCGUCGAAGCAACUGCAGCACAGCCACGAGACCGGUGGCACAAAGUCAACGCGUUCGGCUGAGGAUUCCUCCACACCGCCGCCUUUACUGUCGGCGGGUAGCGUUGGUGGCGCCGGUGCUGAUCACUCCUCCGUCGCUUCAUCGUCCCGCCUGCAAUCCGAAUCGCCCGAUAAUUGCGCCAACUCGCUGCAUCAACGCAAUCGCUAUGACAAUAACUCCAGUCCCGGCGUGGAUAGCUCCAAAUCGUAUCCGGUGAGUCAGCGUAGCGGCAGUGCUGGCGAUGAGGCGGGCAAUAAUAGCGAGUCGAGUCCGCCACCGCCGGACUACAGUCCGGAGAAUCUCUCCGCCAAUCGCGCCAAAUAUGCCAAUGCAUUGCAAGCGCAUCACAACAACAAUAAUAAUAACAAUAAUAACAACAUAAGCGGUAUGCAUCCAUUGGGUGUGCAUCACAAUAACAAUAACAAUAUGCUGGAACACAAAUUACCAUUGAGCUUUCUGGGGCCACCGCUGGCGGCGCUACACUCAAUGACCGAAAUGAAGACUGGCGGCGGUGCGGCGAGCAUGAUGAACGGCUAUGCGAAUAAUCAGCAGACGCAGCACUUGAUCGGUGAUGGUCGCGCUGGUGUCGUGGGCAGCGGUAUAUCCGGUUCCAUGACGACCACAACAACAACACAUACACAAGGUGCGGCUAAUCCGCACGGCAUCGAUACGAUAUUGUCGAAACCGCCGCCGGUUACAUCGGCGGGUCUAAGUGCUUUAACGGGAGGUGGCAUACCGCGUUUCUCCAUUGCCGCCGCCGCCGCUGGUAUGGCCCAAUACUUAUCGCAAAGUCAAGGUGGACCCUUGAAGACGCAUGCUGGCCAUAUUGUGGAAAGAACGCAUCUGUAUUGGCCCGGUCUGCAAGGUUUGGUCGCAAACCCAAUAGCGUGGCGUGAAAGACUGUCGAAUACGAUGUCGGCGAGUCUCUCACAGGCGCAUCAACACCAUCAAAGCAACGACAAGGAUGGCAAGAAGAAGCACACCCGCCCAACAUUCAGUGGUCAGCAAAUUUUCGCGCUGGAAAAGACAUUCGAACAGACCAAAUAUCUGGCCGGACCAGAACGGGCGAAACUCGCCUAUGCCUUAGGGAUGACCGAAUCGCAAGUGAAGGUUUGGUUCCAGAAUCGGCGCACCAAAUGGCGCAAGAAACAUGCUGCGGAAAUGGCCACCGCCAAGCGGAAACAGGAUAUUAUGGGCGGUGGCGAGCCCGAUGGCGACUGCAGCGAGACAAUGGACAGCGACAACGAGAGCUUGGACAUGGGCGAGAAUCCGGCGCAGAGUAAACGUUGUCGCAUGGGUGAUAAUUACCGUUAAAUGCGGCAGCGGGGAAGACUUCCAAGUGUUGCUGCGGCACUUUUGGUAAACAGCACCGCACGUGGAAGGCCACUCCACUAAUAUAUAAAUAAAUUAGAUAUAACACUGUAAUAGUUAAUGAAAAAACGGUUUAAUUAUUUUCCUAACGUUUACUUAACGGCGCCAAAUGGUGAUAGCAGCAAAUC